ACCGCUCUCCAGCUACACCGGGUCCAUGAUUCCGUCAAAGAUGGUAGCAGCGCACGCCACCGUCCACUCAUCUGCGUCCGCAGAAUGGAUUGUUUGCCUCGAUAAAAGGCCUGCAGAGCGCUCUGGGGAAGAUGUCGACAUCAUUUUGGCUCGUUUGAAAGAUGUGAAGGCCUUUGAGAAGUUCCACCCCAACCUCCUGCACCAGAUCUGCCUCUGUGGCUUCUAUGAGUGCCUGGAAAAAGGGAUUACCUUGUACCGUCAAGGAGACAUUGGAACGAGCUGGUAUGCUGUUCUGUCCGGCUCUCUCGACGUCAAAGUGUCUGAGACGGCCAACCAUCAGGAUGCCGUCACGAUCUGUACCCUGGGGAUGGGGACGGCGUUUGGGGAGUCCAUCCUGGACAACACCCCCCGCCACGCCACCAUCGUCACGCGGGAGUGCAGCGAGCUUCUCCGCAUCGAGCAGAGGGAGUUCAAGUCCCUGUGGGAGAAAUAUCGUCAGUGCAUGGCCGGACUCCUAGCCCCUCCUUAUGGUGUAAUGGAGAGUGGACCCAACAACGACAGAAUGCCAGACAAAGACAACAUGAGUAGCAUGUCUAAAAGCCUGAAGAAGGUUCCAUCAGAAAAGAUUCUGAGGGCGGGGAAGGUGUUGCGUAACGCCAUCCUGUCCAGGGCCCCUCACAUGAUCAGAGACAGGAAGUAUCACCUGAAGACAUACAGGCAGUGCUGUGUGGGGACGGAGCUGGUUGACUGGCAGAUGCAGCAGAGCUCCUGUGUUCACUCUCGCACCCAAGCCGUGGGCAUGUGGCAGGCGCUGCUGGAGGAGGGAGUCCUGAACCACGUGGACCAGGAGCACAACUUCCAGGACAAGUACCUGUUCUACCGUUUCCUGGACGACGAGCAGGAGGACGCGGCCCCGCCCAGCGAGGAGGAGAAGAAGGAGAGUGAGGAGGAGCUGCAGGACACCCUGCUGUUCCUCUCGCAGAUCGGCCCCGACGCUCUCAUGCGCAUGAUCCUCAGAAAGCCGCCGGGCCAGAGGACUGUAGACGAUUUAGAAAUCGUAUACGAAGAGCUUCUCCACAUAAAGGCCUUAUCCCACCUCUCCACCACUGUAAAGAGGGAGUUAGCAGGAGUCCUGAUCUUCGAGUCCCACGCCAAAGCAGGAACAGUGUUGUUCAAUCAGGGAGAGGAAGGGACCUCAUGGUACAUCAUCCUAAAGGGAUCCGUGAACGUGGUUAUCUAUGGCAAGGGUGUGGUCUGCACGCUCCACGAGGGGGACGACUUUGGAAAGCUGGCCCUGGUGAACGACGCCCCGCGGGCCGCCUCCAUCGUCCUGCGUGAAGACAACUGUCACUUCCUGCGUGUGGACAAGGAGGACUUCAACAGGAUCCUGCGGGACGUGGAGGCCAACACGGUGCGUCUGAAGGAGCACGAUCAGGAUGUGCUGGUCCUGGAGAAGACCCCCAGCAGCAGCCGAAACUCCACCCACGGCACUACGCCCGCUCACUACAAAUACACUGUGAUGUCAGGAACACCAGAGAAGAUUCUAGAACACUUUCUUGAAACCAUGCGGCUGGAUUCACAUUUCACAGAAUCAGACCCGGCUCUGGAUGACUUUGUGCUGAUGCACUGCGUCUUCAUGCCCAACAGUCAGCUGUGCCCGCUGCUCAUGGCCCACUACAACGCGCAGGCCUCUCAGGGCUCAGAGCAGGAGAAGCUGGACUACGCCCUGAGCAGCAAGCGGAGGGUGAUCCGGCUGGUGCUGCAGUGGGCGUCUCUGUACGGGGACCACCUGCAGGAGGAGGAGGCUACGCUGGCCUUCCUGGAGGAGUUUUACGUGUCGGUGUCCGAUGACUCCAGACUAAUCCCAGCACUGAAGGAGCAGCUCCCAGAACUGGAGAAGAUUGUCAAACAGAAUACGGAAGAUGCAAAAUCCUCCCAGAAAAAGCACAAAGUUCUGCUGCGACAGUUCAGCACGGGAGACGAGAGACAGCAGAAACGUCAGUCCAUCAAGAGUAACGACGAAAUCCUGUUUAAGGUGUACUGCGUGGACCACACCUACACCACCAUCCGGGUGCCGGUGGCCACCUCGGUGAAGGAGGUGCUCAACGCUGUGGCCGACAAGCUGGGGUCGGUGGAGGAUCUCUUGCUGGUCAACGUGAACUCAGCUGGAGACAAGAUGGUGCUGAAGCCCAGUGACAUUUCAGUCUUCUCCACGCUGAGUAUCAACGGCCGUCUGUUUGCCUGCCCCAGGGACCAGUUUGACGCACUGACACCACUGCCAGAGCAGGAAGGACCUUCUACAGGAACCAUCAGCAGCUUUGAGCUGAUGAGCUCCAAAGACCUGGCCUAUCAGAUGACCGUCUAUGACUGGGAGCUCUUCAACUGUGUACACGAGCACGAGCUGAUAUACCACACGUUCGGGAAGCAGAGUUUUAAGAAGACCACGGCCAACCUGGACCUGUUUCUGCGCAGGUUCAACGAGCUGCAGCUGUGGGUGAUCACAGAGGUGUGUCUGUGCGCCCAGCUCAGCAAGCGCGUGCAGCUGCUCAAGAAGUUCAUCAAGAUCGCAGCGCACUGCAAAGAAAAUAAGAACCUGAACUCCUUCUUUGCCAUCAUCAUGGGCAUGAGCAACCCAGCCGUGAGCCGGCUGCACCAGACGUGGGAGAAACUCCCCAGCAAAUUCAAGAAGUUCUACGGGGAGUUUGAGAGCCUGAUGGAUCCUUCCAGGAACCACCGGGCGUACCGGCUCACUGUGGCCAAGCUGGACCCUCCCAUAAUUCCCUUCAUGCCCCUGCUUAUCAAAGACAUGACUUUCACUCAUGAAGGCAACAAGACAUUAGUGGAUGGGUUGGUCAAUUUUGAAAAAAUGCGGAUGAUCGCAAACACCGUGAGGAUAGUGAGAUACUGCCGGAGCCAGCCGUUCAAUGCUGAAGCGUCACUGGCCAGUAAGAACCAUCAGGACGUGCGGAGCUACGUGCGACAGCUGAAUGUGAUAGACAACCAGAGGACCCUGUCCCAGCUCUCUCACAGACUGGAGCCCCGCAGGACCUAAGCCGACGCCCCACUCCGGUGCUGCCUAGCAACAACACAGUACUCAUGCUGCUGCUGCUCUACUGCCAAAACAUAACUGCGCUUGAUGUGUCACUCACAGGCUCCGCCCUGCACCCUCCUCAGGGCCCCGCCCACCUGCAGUCAGGUGCUACAGUCCUGACAGCAUCGUGUCUGUCUGUUACCUGUUUCUUCAAACAACACAGUGUUCCAGAUCCCCGUCUCCUGUCAUUAUGAUGUCACUGUCAGUAGAAUUCUUUUUUUCCCCUUUUAGCAAUCAUCCUCGGCUCUUACGUACUUUAAAAAAAAUACUCAUGAAAAAUUUUACUCUUCUUAAAUCUUUAAACAGCUCU